AUGAAUGUCCUCCCAAAACACCACUCCUAUCUCGACCCCACCAAUAAAGAACACCGCGACUACAUUCGCCUAGACAUCUCUCAUUCCCCAGACAACGUCCCAGAUACGCCCUUCAACUCACCCACCGCAACAUCCCUCUCAAACACCGAAUUUUCAUUUCCAAACUUAAACCCAGUUCCUCUAAAUCAACUCAUCAUGGAUGCAAACAAACCAUCAUCGUCAUCAUCACAUCCCCAAUCACGAAAAAUCGCACCUACAUCCGCACCAUCAGAAUGGCGACCUGCAUCUCGGGAUCGUGCUGGAUCAUCCGAAUCGGAUAUUGCUAGUACUAGUGUUAGUGCUAGCAAAGAAUGUCGCUGUAGAGGUAGAGGUGGAGGAACACAUAAGCUACCAAGUGAUCUCGAGCUCAACUCUGAAUUAAGAAGUUACAGUACCGGCUGUUGUGAGCAGUGUAUCCUUAGAGACGAGGGCGCGGAGAGGGGAAGAUGCAGGACCAGGACAAACUCUAGUAGUUCGAGGGAUAAGACGAGUUGUGAGAGAGAGAAGAGGAGGUUGAAUCUCUAA